UAACUCUGGAAGUACCUCUCAGAAGUUUUCAAUAAUUGAAUAUCUGUAACAUAUCUUAGUUAAGGCAGAUAACAUGCACUCUCCGUUUUCUUCAGUGGUAUAUCUGAACAUUAUUGUACAAUGCCACCUUUGACUAGGAAGAAGUAAUGCUUAAUCUGAGAACAGGUAAACUAUGAAUUAGGUUCUUAGAUCUCUUAUGGGUUAUAAUGUUGCGAAAUAAUCCACAUUCCCCUUUUAAUGUUCUAGUUACCACCAAAUGUUUUGCUGCCACAAUUAUGUGUAUGUGGUUUCUAUCCACUUUAAGAUACUUUCAAAUCUUCCUUCACCUUUUUGGCUUUCACCUAUUCUCUGUUCAAUUGUAGAGGAAGAUGCAAUGAGAAGCAACAUAUCAAAUUUAAAUUCCUAUAUUAUUCUCUACACUAUCCGAUCUGAAAUAUGUUAGGAAGCAGAAAGAGAGAGAAGGGAAUGAGAUGGAUAAUCCAGAUUGGGUAAACAAUCUAAAAGCUGCUGACAGGACAGUCUAAAGAUAACUCCCUGGCUCUAAGUUUCUGAAGAUCUCUCUUCCAUUUUCUAAGUACAAUAUUCAAAGAUAAAAUGCUCUGAAAGACUGGGCUAAAGAUAACUACUGCUGUUAAGUCGAAUUAUUUAGGCAUCUGUCCAAAACAGUAUGGCUAAAACCUCCCCAAGAUCAGAAACACAGUUUGGAUUCUUAAUCCUAUUUUAUUGUUUUAGGUUUACUUGAAUUUAAGGGGAAAAAUGUCUCCACUUCUGAGAAGCAUCUUUGAUAUCACUGAAGUUUUCAAUCAAUAUGCCUCACAUGAUCGUGAUGGGGCAGCACUAUGCAAGAAAGACCUGAAGAAUCUCCUUGAAAGGGAAUUUGGAGCUGUCCUUCAGAGACCACAUGAUCCUGAAACGGUAGAUCUGGUCCUAGAACUUCUGGAUCGCGACUGUAACGGGCUUAUAGAUUUCAAUGAGUUCCUCCUGUUCAUUUUCAAGGUGGCUCAAGCUUGUUAUUAUGCCCUCGCGGAGGCCUCAGGGCUAGUGGAGAAGGGAGACAAGUGUGAGGGAAAGGGGAACCCAUUACAAGAUCGCAGGCAAGAAGACCAAAGGAGGUUUGAGCCCCGGGAAAGACAGUUGGAAGAAGAACGCAGGCAGAAGAGGCAACAACAAGAGAGGGAGUUCACCGAAGAAGUGGAGCAGAGGGAGAAGGAAGAGAGACAUGAACAAGGGCUGCAAAGGCAAGAAUGGGAAGAGCGCCUUGAGGAGGAAGAGCCGCUGCACAGGUGCAAGAGACUGGUGCCUGAGGAGUUUCCUGUCCAAGAGAGGAGGCGAGAAAGGCAGGAGCAGCGAAAGCGCCAGGAAGAAGAGCAACUACCCCGGCGGGAAGGGCAGGAGCUGAGGAGGGAGCACCUGGAGAAAGAAGAGCAGCUUCAAAGGCAGAGGCGUGAGCGCCGGGAGCUUUUGGAGCUGGAGAGACGCCAGCAGCAGCUCAGGCGUGAGCAGGAACCAUGCUUGGAACAGAAGCUGAGGCGCCAGCAGGAGCUGAGGCGGGAACAAGAAGAAAGGCGAGAACAGGAGCCGGUCUUGGAGCAGCUGAAGCGCGAACAGGAGGAGAGGCACCAGCAGGAGCUGAGGCGCAAGCAAGAGCUGAGGCGCGAGCAGGAGCCGCUCUUGGAGCAGAUGAGGCGUGAGCAGCAGCUGGCUGAGGAAGAGGUACAACAGGAAGAGGCCAGUGAGCAGGACGAGAGCCACACUUUGAGGUGGCAGCGGCAGCUGGAAAGCGAGGCCGACGCCCGACAAAGCAAAGUCUACUCGAGGCCCCGCAGGCAGGAGCCGCAGAGGCGCCACCAGGAGCAAGAGGAAGAGGAGAGGCGGCUCCAGGAGCGCGAGCUGGGACUGGGAGAGCGAGAAGAGGAUGCCCAGUGGCCCAGGCGUACCCCCCGAGAGGAGCGCGAGAGGCAGCUGCGCCAGGAGGAAGAAGAGCAGCUCCGGAACCUCAAGUGGCAGUGGCAGGCUGAGCAAGAAAGUGAGAGGCGCCGCCAGAGGCUGUCGGCCAGGCCCCCAUUGCAAGAGCGGGAGCAGCUGAAGGCGGAGCAACGCCAGGAGCCUGGACAACUGCUCCAAGAGGAGGAGCUGCGCAGACAACGACUCAGGAGGGAGCAGGAGCUGCAGUUCCGCGAGGAGGAGCAGCUCCAGGAGGAGUACCUCCAAGAGGAUCAGGAGAGGGAGCGGGGCCAGCAGCUACGCCGCGACCAAAAAUCGAGGUGGCCACUAGAGGAGGAAAGCCAGAGACGCCGCCUCACUCAAUACACCAAGCCAGCUGAACGCAAACAGCUGCAGGGGGAGGAAGAGCGGCAGCAACGGGAGAAGAGGUUUCAGGAACGGGAGCGACAGUAUCGGGAGGAAGAGCAGCUGCUAAAGGAGGAAAGAGAGGAGCAACGCCUUCAGGAAGAAGACAGAAAAUUCCGUGAGGAGGAACAGCUCCUUCAGGAAAGGGGAGAACAGCUGCGUCGCCAAGAGCGUGACAGAAAAUUCCGUGAGGAAGAACAGCUCCUUCAGGAAAGGGGAGAACAGCAGCUGCGUCGCCAGGAACGCGACAGAAAAUUCCGUGAGGAAGAACAGCUUCUAGACGAAAGGGCAGAACAGCUGAGUCGCCGGGAACGCGAGAGAAAAGUCCGUGAGGAGGAACAGCUCCUUCAGGAAAGGGGAGAACAGCAGCUGCGUCGCCAAGAGUGCGACAGAAACUUCCGUGAGGAGGAACAGCUCCUUCAGGAAAGGGGAGGACAGCAGCUGCGUCGCCAGGAACGCGACAGAAAAUUCCGUGAGGAAGAACAGCUCCUUCAGGAAAGGGGAGAACAGCAGCUGCGUCGCCAGGAACGCGACAGAAAAUUCCGUGAGGAAGAACAGCUCCUUCAGGAAAGGGGAGAACAGCAGCUGCGUCGCCAGGAACGUGACAGAAAAUUCCGUGAGGAGGAACAGCUCCUUCAGGAAAGGGGAGAACAGCAGCUGCGUCGCCAAGAGCGCGACAGAAAAUUCCGUGAGGAGGAACACCUCCUUCAGGAAAGGGGAGAACAGCUGCGUCGCCAAGAGCGCGACAGAUAUCUACGCGAGGAGCAACAGCUCCUUCAGGAAAGGGGAGAACAGCUGCGUCGCCAGGAACGUGACAGAAAAUUCCGUGAGGAAGAACAGCUUCUAGAGGAAAGGGGAGAACAGCUGCGUCGCCAGGAACGUGACAGAAAAUUCCGUGAGGAAGAACAGCUCCUUCAGGAAAGGGGAGAACAGCUGCGUCGCCAAGAGCGUGACAGAAAAUUCCGUGAGGAGGAACAGCUCCUUCAGGAAAGGGAAGAACAGCUGCGUCGCCAGGAACGCAACAGAAAAUUCCGUGAGGGAGAACAGCUCCUUCAGGAAAGGGGAGAACAGCUGCGUCGCCAGGAACGCGACAGAAAAUUCCGUGAGGAAGAACAGCUUCUAGAGGAAAGGGGAGAACAGCAGCUGCGUCGCCAAGAACGCGAGAGAAAAGUCCGUGAGGAGGAACAGCUCCUUCAGGAAAGGGGAGAACAGCUGCGUCGCCAAGAGCGUGACAGAAAAUUCCGUGAGGAACAGCUCCUUCAGGAAAGGGGAGAACAGCUGCGUCGCCAGGAACGCGACAGAAAAUUCCGUGAGGAAGAACAGCUCCUUCAGGAAAGGGGAGAACAGCUGCGUCGUCAGGAACCUGACAGAAAAUUCCGUGAGGAAGAACAGCUUCUAGAGGAAAGGGGAGAACAGCAGCUGCGUCGCCAAGAACGCGAGAGAAAAGUCCGUGAGGAGGAACAGCUCCUUCAGGAAAGGGGAGAACAGCUGCGUCGCCAAGAGCGUGACAGAAAAUUCCGUGAGGAGGAAGAGCUCCUUCAGGAAAGGGGAGAACAGCUGCGUCGCCAGGAACGCGACAGAAAAUUCCGUGAGGAAGAACAGCUUCUAGAGGAAAGGGGAGAACAGCUGCGUCGCCAAGAGCGCGACAGAUAUCUACGGGAGGAGGAACAGCUCCUUCGGGAAAGGGGAGAACAGCAGCUGCGUCGCCAAGAGCGCGACAGAUAUCUACGCGAGGAGGGACAGCAACUGCGCCGCCAGGAACGAGAGCAGCAGCUUCGCCAGGAGCACGACAGAGAAUCCGGUGAGGAGGAACAGCUUCUCCAAAAAAGGGAAGAACAACUGCGCCGCCAGGAACGUGACAGAAAAUUCCGUGAGGAGGAACAGCUUCUCCGGGAACGAGAAGACCAGCAACUACGUCGCCAAGAGAGCGACAGAAAGCUCCGAGAGGAGGUACAGCAACUGCGCCGCCAGGAACGGGAGCAACAGCAAGAAAGAGAAUAUCAGAAGGAGGAACAGUUUCUCCAAGAAAGAGAAGAACAGUUGCGCCGCCAGGAACGCGACAGGAAAUUUCGUGAGGAGGAACAGUUCCUCCAGGAAAGGGAAGAACAGCAGCGGCGUCGCCAAGAGCGCGACAGGUAUCUACCAGAGGAGGAACAGCAGCUGCGCCGCCAGGAACGCGAGCAACAGCUGGUCCAGGAACGCGAAGAACAGCAGCUGCGUCGCCGAGAAGAGCAGCAGCAGCAGCGGGAGGAACGAGAACUGGGGCGCCGGCAGGUGCUAAAACAGCAGUACCGAGAAGAGGAGCCAUUUGCUCGGGAGAAGAGACGCCUUCAGGAACAGAAGCCGCGGCAAGAAGAGCAGAGACGCCGCCAAGAGCCGGAAAGGAAACUCCGGGAAGAGAAGCUCCGCCGCCAGCUUGAGGAGGUGCAGAGGCGUGGCCAAGUCCGGGAGGAAAAAGAAAAGGGCCGUCAGCAGAUGCUGGAAUCUGGCAAGGGUCAGUUUGCCAGUGCCCCUGUGCGCUCCAGCCCUCUCUAUGAGUACAUCCAAGAGCAGAGAUCCCAGCACCUCCCUUAAGAAAUGCCGUAUUCCAACACUUGGCCAAAGCUUUAGCAAAGGGAAAUGGGAAGCACUGGGUACCAAAUGACUGAAAUGAUUUUGGUUGUGGGAAAACUCAGAUGUUAGAAUAUGUCUUUAAUCCAAAAUCUUAAACUAUACUCAUUCCAUGUACUUUGUACUUCUACCUUUUAUUCUCCCUCAAGUAGUUCUUUACUGCAGGAUAUCUUUGGUGCAGAUGUGGUGACCAUUUUAAAAAACAAAUCAUUUAAUUUGUUUAAGGAGUUUUGUUUGGGGACAUGUUAAUUUAUUGCUUUCAAAAGUAAAAAGAAUAAUAUAAUAAUGUGAUAUUCAAAAGACUUGGGUCCGUGUUUUUUUUUAGUGGUUGAUAUAUCUUGUAGAGAAUUUAGUUAAUUUUAGUGUUAAAGUUGACAUAUCUUCUUGGGCCUAGAUUACAUUAAUAUUUAUCUCCAAAUAGUCUCUCAUCUUUUGUGGCAUAAUUAGCACAGAUUCUGCAAGGGGACUGAAUAUUUACAACUUUUGAAUAGUGUAAGGAAACUGACUUCUACAGAAAAACUCCCUGUGAAAUCAGCCCAUAACUGGAAGGAAUAUCUGUUAAGAAUAAGGUUUAGCUUUAAGAUUUAGAAUUUGAAUUGGAAUUUUUUACACUCAACUUCAUAAACAUUUAAAAUCUCAUAGAGCAAAAGUAAGGUGUUUCUCAAACAACUCCAGAGCUCAAAUUUUAAAACUGUCUGCCAUAGUCUAUAGUGUUCAGUUCUCUUCCUCUGGUCUUUGGUGAAUUUCAGAAUAUUGCUGCCUUAGUUAAUUUUAGCUGAGAGGGAACCUGUUCAGGAUUCUGUAAACCUCUGUCUUGCUCUAGGACCAAUAAGAGAUCACAGAGAGCAUUUUCGGGAGGGAAAGGGAAAAAUUUAUAAACAGAAGACCCAUCAGCCUAUAAUCCUUUGAGGCCUAUUGAUACUAUGUUGAAGACAUUCUUGUUGAAGUAAUUGCACUGUAUAAAAAAUUAAUAAUAAAUUU